AUGCUCGAUUUUUUAAUAUUGUUACUGUUUUUUUUUUUUCGAAUAGUAACUUCUCAAAUUGCUAAAAGUCCAGCAGCUUUUGGAUUUGCCGUAAGUCACAUUUUCAUUCGUUUUAGUCUAAUACGAAAUAAAUGAAAACAUGAUAAACGAAAUGUACGCUUAAAUUACAGCUGAAAUUGGUCGAAUAAUUUCCAUUUAGUGCUUUGAUCUCUAAUAGCUAUUUGGAAAGUAGUGAUUUUCAGCUAUAGAAAUGUUAACGUGAACAAUGGUAACAAUUUACGCAGUAUCCUUAAAAAAGUAGCCCUUUUAGUGUUUAUAAGAAAAAAAGUCAAACCAACGAAGACAGGGUUGUUACAGCUGUAACAUUUAAAAUAAACAUAAACGUUACCAUUAUAGUCGGCUUCAUAUGACCAAGUCCUAUUAUGGCUCUUGAUAUGACACAUUUACAUACUGCAACUCCAAUGAAUAUUGUACUUGAAUUUUGAUUGGGAAUCUUUGGCUGUUAAAAACUUAACUAUACUUAUUACUACCUUGCUUUUCUAGGAAUAAAUUUUUUUUCUUUAAUUUUUGUUCUUCCACAGAUGUGUGAAAAACAAAUUUUAAAAUAUUCUUUGUAAACAACUAAAAAACAUUUUACUUGAAAAGGCUGAAUUAAAACAUGACACUGUAGGAACAAAAUACAUUACAAUACAAAUUAAGGACUAGAUGAACUCUUCCAACCUUUAUCAACGGCGUCUUCACCACAAUAGGAGCUUUCGUUUAUUUCAUUAUUCUAUUUUUUCUUUGAUUUAAUAUAUAUUGGUAUUUUUUAUUCCGAUGAAAAGUCGAUAAAUUCGAUUUUCAUAACUAACAUGUUUCAUGAGAAUUUCAAAGCAAAGAGGGAGAGGGAGGCGUCCAUUCCCCACCCUCUGGUUCUUUGCCUGCGCGCAAUUUGACGCCCUUCCUUCUAGUUUACGAUGCUGAAUAACAUACUGACUUUGAAAAGUCUAAUUCCAGUUUUACGUGCUUUAAAGCACUACAACCGCUCCACAGCUUCACUGACAGCUUCCCUUACGAUAAACCAAAAAAGCAAAAUAUUCUGUUUCAAUACCAAUUUCCCGAUUUCGCAAAGGUUACUCAACAUCUCAAGUCAAAACUGAACUCACUGACACUCUAAGGAAGGCUAUUGAUAGCAACCUAUACACCUCUGAUGUUUUCCUGGAUUUCUCGAAAGCAUUCGAUACUGAAAAUCACGAAAUUUUACUUAAAAAGUUAGAAGCAUAGGGUAUUAGAGGUUUGAAAUGGUUCAGUAGCUACUAGACUUUCAAAAAAUCCUUCGUCUGAUUUAAUAUGGCGCAGGGACUCGCGACUUCGCCGCUCGCAUGGCCGCUUCAGGGCCUGAAUAGCUCGCUCCGCUCGCUUAGAAACUCGUGGGGUCGACUUGUAGCAAGUCCAAGUAGCUACCUAACAAACAGACAACAGCGACACUGCAUUACGAAAUGCAGGCCCGCUCCACACGUAUCCGGAUAUUUUUGAAUCCUCAACUUUUCCUUUCCGGAUACUGCUUCCGUCCACACGUAUCCGGUGAAUCUGGCAUACGAAUCCGCUCUUCAAAGUGGAAAUUUUUGAAUACUCUAUGAAUCCGCAAUCGUGUGGACCCUUAAUCCGGAUAUCUUUUUUAUUCGGUGACGUAACAAGAUCGACCCCAGUUCUUUACCGUGAAUACUGUAUUCAAGAUGGUAACCUCAACGCAUGUUUUGUUGCCAAUAUUCCCAGAGGUGUCCUGGGUACCAGGAUGAAUCCCGGAUACGUGUCGGUUACGUGUGGAGGGCCAAAUUCGAUUUGAAUACGGAUACGUUUGGACGUGGAAAGUUUUGAAUCACGACAGAAAAAGUUACGAAUUCGAAAGUAUCCGGAUACGAGUGGACGGGGCCACAGAAUGACCUAUGUAAACGAUGAGCUGUGGAAUUCCCAAGGGUAGCACAUUAGGACCAUUACUUUUUCUUAUUUAUAUAAACGACUUACCCAACUGCUCUGUUGAUGAUACCAACGUAUUCGACUCGGCGAACGACCUCUUGUGAACUACGAACUUAAUUUGAAAAGGUGAAAGAAUAGAGUGAUGUAAAUAAAUUGUCAAUAAGUACGGUAAAACUAAAUUUAUGAUAAAUGAGUCUACUGAAAAAAAGGAUAGGACAGUUAAACAUUCAGAGAAGAAGCCAGGAUGGAACGUGCUACUCUCUGGUCCGCAAUGGCCAUAUUAAAUAUUUAGGGUAAUGAUCAAUGAUUAUGCAUCUCAUGGGAAUAUCAUAUCUCAUAUAUAUUUGCACACGAAGUUUUCAUUAAUGGUACGCUUUUUCACAAAAAAAAAACAAACGUUAUAUAUUGUCCGAGCAAUACUUGUCGAAACCUAACAUUGCCUAAUUCUGCCUAACCUCACUUUCGUUUAAAACUUGUCCUUAUUACUUUUGCAAAAAAAUUGUAAUUUGUUCUUUUCUGUUUUAUGAUUUAUUUAUUUAUUUAUUUCAAUUCAGUAUUUAUUUUGCUCCUUCUGGUUCCUCGCCUGUACUAUAUUUUAAACGAAACGUAAUUAGUAUUAUGGUGACCAACUUAGCCAUCCUACUCGAACUUGAAUAUAAAUAGAAACGUUUAUAAAUGUAAUUGUAAACAACUAGCUAAAAAGGCUGUAACUGUAAACUGAAUUGAAUUGAAACCCAUGCGUGUAAGUCAAAAGCUUUAUUAAGCCAAUCGAAAUCUAACCAGAAAUCAGAAAUCAUUAAUCAGACGGCCCCUUUGCGCUCGCGUAAAAGAAGGUGGGGUUUUACGUCCAAGUAUCACAAUCUAUGAAUCAGCACAGAGUUUUAUUAUGAGUACUAGCAUGAUUCAGUUUAUCGCCGCUUUAGUUUGAGCCCUAUUUGAUUUUCAGUUUGCGGCUGUGUUGGACUCGUUCACUUCAGCAAUUGUUUUGUGGAGAUUUGCCGAAAUAGAAAGCAAUGACCCCGAAUCCUCCGAACGCGAACAAGAAAAAGAAAGAAGGUAUGUUAAUAAAUUGUUUGUUCGAAUUACCCUACAGUAGCGGUCAUUUGAUAGCCUGAGUAAACAGCCGACAUUUAGCGAAUCUACCACGGGUUCCCCGCCAAAUGACGUCUGAGAAACGAGCGCAGAAAUUCCAUACUGAUGACGCGUCACUACCCAGAUCUAGGUAGUGCUUCUGAUUGGUUGAAUCAAAUUUCCCAAGCGGCACUACCAAUCAGAAGCACGACCCAGAUCUGGGUAGUGACGCGUCAUCAGUAUGGAAUUUCUGCGCUCGUUUCUCAGACGUCAUUUGGCGGGGACUACUAGUGGUAAGCGUCGCAAAAUGUCGGCUGUUUUCUCAGGCUAGUCAUUUGACAAUGAGGUGAGCAUCCAGUUUACCAAAGCGACAGCUCCAUAAAGGAAUCCAUUAUUGUCUUGGAAUUUGGAUUCCAUGCCAUAGAUUCGGGAUUCCAGGUCUGUAUUCCGGGAUUCUUGGUCAGUGGAACUUGGAUUCCGGAUUUCAAUCAAUAGUGGGAUUCCGGAUUCCUUAAGCUAUAUUCCGGAUUCCAAAGCCCAGAAUUCCGGAUUUCACGAGCAAAAAUCUUCCGGAUUCCGGAAUCCCUUACAUGGGUUGGAUCCGUACAAACAUUCCAGUUCAGUUUCAAGUUCGAAAUGACUGCGGAGUGAAAGCACCAAGAUGCGUCUAUUUGAAGUAAAUAUACCAGUCACAUGUUACAGUGAAAGACAACCUGUUAACAGGUCUGUUUAGUAUUGUUUAUUUUCAAAGUUUUGGGCGCCUUUCUCCUACCCUAGGUGCCAGAGACUUUUCAUACGCAGUUUCCGGUCUCGGUCAAGUCUAUAUAGUGUUUUUAAAGCGAAACACUUUGCCACUCGUCGCUUUAAAAGGCCAAAAACGUAUCGACCUACAGCCGACCCGAAGCAUCUCCGCAGCACUCAAUCGCCGCACCUGAGAAAAAUACCUCUGGUAGCGGUAUUUGUGAAUAUUCUUCUUUAGGUCGGUUGAGGCAAGCUCUAUAUGAAAGUGUCAUUGGUGUUUGUAUUNAGCGGAGUAUUUUUGACGAACUUCGAGGUGUUUCAUCUGGUGAUGAAACACUGUGUCGAAUGUUUGAUAUUUCUUCUCAAACAAAAUCAUUUUUGAAGGAGAAAUUAAGGAUGCAAAUACUAAGCAGUGUCUCAUCCGAUUUCCAAACACUCAUUAAACAUUAAUUUCCUUUGUAUUUUCUUAAUGAAUUAUUAAUGAGUUUGAGAAGGGACUAUUCAUAUCAUAACCCCGUUCGGAUUUCAAAAAAGUGAUUACUUAACAUUUUACACUGUAUGUUUCAUUUUGCUUGUUUUCUUUACCGCAGGGCUUGUAUAGCAAUUGCUAUCUGUUUUAUUCUCUCCUCGUUUGUCAUAGCCAGCAAGGCUGUGUAUACGUUAGCAGUAAACGGAACUCCUCGCAAGGUAUUUUAAUACACUGAGCCAUUCCAAAUCGUACCCAAAGUCCACAGGCUUACCGGUCAGGUCUGCGGAGAAACGCCAGGACAGAUUUACGGCGAUCAUGUGCUUACCAAAGAGCUUGAGAACUUUUGGUAUAAGAUUAGGUCAACUAUUCUUUUUUUUUUUCAUCCUGAGACGCUGACAAGCAAUAGGGAUGUGAUACCAACAGGAGAAAAUAUCCGUUCCUAUCCCUACAACUGCCAAGAACCAUGAUUGUUCAAAGAAAUUAAUUCUAAAUUCCACCUAGAGAUAAAGAAAGGAAAAUGCAAAACCGUACACAUGCUUUCAGUCGGGGAAGUCCCUGAAACCGACAGUAUUUUGGUCCUACUUUACUUUUACUUGAGGUACUUAUUCCACACACUAAAAUGGCGCCCACAAUGCAAAGCUAAAACACAUAUUUUAAAUUUACAGUGCAACGUAGGUGAAAUUGAAGUGAGACACUAAACCGCCCUUUGUAUAUAGGAUACUGCCAGAGCCCCAAGGCCUUCCUUAAAAAUCAUGACCGAGCGCGUAGCCCUAGGUUAAUAUUUUGUGCGUUAUCCGAUUCAACGCACCUUUGCAUUUUUUUAGAACCACUGAAGUGGAGCAGUGGGUUAUUUUUAGUAAUAAUGAUCUCCUGUUCCAUCUCAGUGACCUCCUCUUCCAUUUGUUGAAAAUGACAACCUGCGAAACAAAUGGUAAGGAGCUAAAGUUUGAAUUCACUAUUUUCACAUAGACAAUAAUUCACCUUGUUUACCUCCCAAAAUUUUGCAUAACCAUUGUCUUUGAUUUCUCUUCGGAUGACUGUAAUACCCAGGAGAAAUCGGAAACAAAGGCUAUGCAAAAUUUGGGGCGGGGGGUAAGCAAGCUGCUUUAUGGUCUAUGUGAAAAUGGUGAAUGACAAAUUUGACCGUAAGAUGUUUCCUAAUGUUUCAGCAAUAUUUGAUGGAAAUGCUCUCGAUUGCAAGUCUUCUGUUUCUCAUUAUCCUGGUUGGUAGCAAGUACUUGAUAGCCCACAAAGUCCACAGCAGAGCUAUGCGAACUGAUGGUAAUAAU